CAUUAUUUCUGUUCGUCUUCAGAAGAACGUGUAAUAAUUUAGUCGGAUUAAUUCUCCUUAUCGUCUCGAUCAGAUGUCAUUUGAAGCUUUCAUUUUCAAUCUCGUCGAGUAGUAGUUUCAUUUCUUCAGUUCCAUUUCAAUGUCAAUUCCAUUUCCUCAGUUCCCACUCCUAUUGUUACUGAUCACUAGCAUCUGUGUUCUUGACUGCCAUGGAUUCUCCAUAAAAGAAGCCACUGUCAAUGACAUCCAACUAGCAUUCAAGAGUAACACCUUGACAUCUAGGCAACUCGUGGAGUUGUACAUCAAGGAGAUUCAAACUCACAAUCCACUUCUCAACGCAGUUAUUGAGGUGAACCCAGAUGUGCUAAAUCAGGCUGAUAAAGCCGAUUAUGAGAGGAGGAACAGUGGAUCUAGAUUAUUGGGAGCAUUACACGGAAUUCCAAUUCUUCUGAAGGAUAAUAUAGCGACCAAAGAUAAACUCAACACUACGGCCGGAUCAUUUGCAUUGCUGAAAUCUGUGGUUCCGCGUGACGCAGGAGUGGUCAGGAGGUUGAGAAAAUCCGGAGCAUUGAUCCUGGGCAAGGCCAGCCUAAGCGAAUGGUCUAAUUUCCGCGGUACUGGUAUUCCCUCUGGAUGGUGUGGAAGAGGUGGACAGGGAAAGAAUCCGUAUGUUCUAUCGGCGACCCCGUGUGGUUCUAGCAGUGGAUCAUCUAUAUCAGUUGCGGCGAAUUUGGUGGCAGUGUCAUUAGGAACGGAAACUGAUGGGUCAAUCCUCUGCCCAGCCGGUUCUAAUUCGGUUGUAGGAUUUAAGCCUACAGUUGGUCUCACUAGUAGAGCUGGAGUGAUUCCAAUCUCACCUAGACAGGAUUCUGUGGGGCCAAUCACCAGGACAGUAUCGGAUGCUGUAUACGUAUUGGAUGCAAUCGUGGGUUUUGAUGCAAACGAUGCCGUAGCAACAUCUACAGCAGCAAAGUUCAUACCUAGAGGUGGUUACAGUCAAUUUUUAAAGAAAGAUGGUCUCCAGGGAAAAAGAUUAGGGAUAGUGAAUGAAUACUACGCCGAUUUCCCAACAGAAUCUCUUUUCAAUCUCUUCAUGGGACACCUUGAGAAGCUAAGGCAAGCAGGUGCAAUUUUAGUGGAAAAUCUGGAAAUCGACAAUCUCCAACUGAUUUACGGUCAAAGUGGUGAACAGUCUGCAAUGUCUUCCGAGUUCAAGCAGUCUCUGAAUAUCUACUUGAAAGAUCUAAUGUCUUCUCCCGUGAGGUCGUUAGCUGAUGUAAUCGCCUUCAAUACGAAUAACCCAUCUUUGGAAAAGACUGAUGUCUAUAAUCAAAACUUACUGGUAGACGCUGAGAAGACCGCUGGAACCGAGGCAGAGAGAAGCGGAGAUCUGCUGAAUAUGGAGAUUCUUGACAAUGAAGGGUUCAAGAGUUUGAUGAUUAAAAAUGACUUGGAUGCGGUUGUCGCCCCAGGAUAUGCGUUAUCUACUCCACUUGCAAUAGGAGGGCAUCCUGGAAUUAUAGUUCCAGCAGGGUAUGGGGAUGAUGGAAUGCCUAUUGGAAUAUGUUUCGGUGGAUUAAGAGGUUCGGAACCAAAGCUGAUCGAAAUUGCUUAUGGUUUCGAGCAGAUUACACUGGUUAGGAAACCUCCUACUCUUACCACAUUAGUCAGUGAUAUUUAACAAGAUCCGAGUGUUGAAAACUUGAAAUAGACUGCUUAACUCGCCUAGUAUAACUCAGAUGUUGUCUUAAUUUGCAUUUCAAUGAAAUAAAAGGGCAGUAUGAGUUUUAAUCAUCCA